CGGCACACACACCGAGCCGCCGGCGGAAUCUCACCCAGCCAGGGAAGGCGCCCGUCCCCCACUUCGCCGCUUUCCGCCGCCAAUCGCCCGGGACAUCCCCCACACCGAGCCCGGCCGCCGCCGCCGCCGCCGCCGCGCCAUGGCGAUCGCAAGGCAAGUGCUUUGUCUCUCUGCUUUCCUGGCGCUGCCGCUCGCUCGCGCCGAGCCCAUCCGCUACUCCGUAGCCGAGGAGGCGGAAAGCGGCUCCCUGGUCGGCAAGCUGGCGGAGGACGCGGGGCUGACGCCGCCGCAGCUGUCGGCUCGCCGCGCCCGCCUGCUCUCGGAGGACGGCCGGCAGCAUUUGCGCUUAGACCGCGGCUCCGGCCGCCUCCUCGUGGCGGGGAGGCUCGACCGGGAGGAGCUGUGCGCCCACUCGGCCACCUGCAUGCUCCCCUUCGAGCUGCUGCUCUCCGACCCCCUGCAGUUCUUUCGGGUUGAGGUAGUUCUAGAGGACAUCAAUGACCAUUCGCCUGAUUUCACCAAGGAGCGAGUCACAUUUAGGAUUCCGGAAAGGAGCGACCCGGGCUCUCGUUUCCCACUAGAGGCUGCUCGAGAUCUCGAUAUUGGCAGCAACGCAGUGCAGGCAUACAGCAUCUCUCCCCAGAAUGAAUACUUUAGUGUCUCUUAUGGAACUCGGAGUAAUGGGGACAAGUAUCUUGAAGUUGUUUUGGAAAAAGCGCUAGAUAGGGAGGAGCAGGCAGAGAUGGAUUUUCGUGUUGUUGCUGAAGAUGGGGGCUCUCCUCCAAGAAGUGGCACCAUCGAGAUUUCUAUUAUCAUUCUAGAUGUAAAUGACAAUGCUCCCGUAUUCACGCAAGAGCGUUACCUUGGAAAGGUCCUGGAGAACACGCCAGAAGGUUCUCUGGUUCUGUCUGUUCUGGCAACCGAUCAGGAUGCAGGAGUUAAUGGGGACAUCUCCUAUGAACUCAGCCAGGCAGUAGGACAGAGAGACUCAGCAUUUGUAAUAGAUCCCAGAACUGGUGAAAUUAAACUCACAAAACCCCUGGACUUCGAGGAAGCAGACACUCACGAGCUCAGUGUGAGGGCUACAGAUGGUGGAGGACUCUCAGCAAUCUGCAAAGUGCAGGUGGAGGUGGUGGAUGUGAAUGACAAUGCCCCAGAGCUGGCGGUCAGCUCCUUCAGCAGUCCCCUCCCCGAGAACACAGUGCCCGGCACCGUGGUUGCCCUGUUUACGGUCAGGGACCGCGAUUCUGGUGCCAACGGGAAGAUCUCGUGUGCCCUGGACGAUCAGCUCUUCUUCUCCCUGCGGCCAGCCUACAAGAAUUACUAUGAGCUGGUGACAGUGAGCGCGCUGGACCGCGAGCACACGGCUCGCUACGUGCUCAGUGUCACAGCAGCAGAUGCGGGCUCGCCUCCUCUCACAAGCACGCACACCUUCACCGUGGACAUCUCGGACGUCAAUGACAACGCGCCCGUCUUCAACCAGACGUCCUACACCAUGUACGUGCGGGAGAACAACGCGCCCACGGUGUUUGUGGGAGCCGUGAGCGCUGCAGAUGCUGACGUGGGGCUCAAUGCCAAGGUGACCUAUUCGCUGGCCCCGGUGGCGGCGGCAGAGCGGCCCUCGUGCUCCUGCAUCUCGGUGAACUCUGAGAACGGACACGUGUUUGUGCUGCGGCCCCUGGACUACGAGCGCUUGCGGCAGAGCGAGGUGACGGUCAGCGCCUCUGACGCGGGCUCUCCUCCCCUGCGAGCCAACGUCACCGUGCGCCUCGUGGUGCUGGACGAGAAUGACAAUGCACCGCUCGUGCUCUACCCGGCCCAGGACAGCAGCCCAGCGUCCAGCGAGCUCGUGCCCGUGUCGGCCGAGCCGGGCUACCUCAUCACCAAGGUGGUGGCCGUCGAUGCCGACUCCGGACAGAACUCCUGGCUCUCGUACCACCUGCUCAGGGCCACCGAGCCCGGCCUGUUCAGCGUGGGUGUGCAGAGCGGCGAGGUGCGUCUCAAGAGGCCGGUGACAGAGAGGGACAGCGUGAAGCACAAGCUCCUUGUCCUGGUCCGAGACAACGGCAAGCCCCCGCUGUCAGCCACGGCAGCUCUGAGCGCGCUCCUGCUCAAGGACUUCUCCGACGUGCGCCUCCCGCACAGCAGCCCGCCCGCAGACGAGCAGGGCGACUCCCUGACCACCUAUUUAAUAAUUUCCUUGGUCUUUGUCUCGCUCCUCUUCCUCAUCUCCUCCGCGCUCUUUGUGGCUCGCAAGGUGUGCAAGAGCAAGGAGCUGAAGGCUGCCCAUGUGCUUUCUGGUGCCCACAACUUGCAGAGCGGCCUGGCCGAUGCAGCCGCUGCAGGGACCCUGCCCCGCGCCUAUUGCUACGAGAUCAGCCUCACCACGGGCUCGGGCAACAGCGAGUUCCAAUUCCUCAAGCCCAUCCUGCCCAGCCUGCCAGCACAGCACUGCGCCACGGGCCAGGGCCCCCAGGAACAGCAACAGGAUUUCCCCUGUGUCCCUGUCAGCACAGAGGACAUGGCACCAGACAAUGCUGGGACACUCUCUGCUAGACAGUUUAAUUCUCUUGCUUUUAACUAGGUCAGGAUGUGCCUAUCCAGAGGCUUCAUGGCUCAUAGGAGGAGGGGAUCUGAGCUGCUGACUGUGGAAAUGAUUCCUUCAGACCAAACCUGUGUGUCCAAUUUGCAUAGCAAAUUUCCUACAAAUUUUAAGUCAUUCUGAGCUUUAUCUCUAAAAGUACUCAUAAGGAAGAAAAAAUCCUCAGAUUCUCUUCCUCACAAAAUUGUCCAUUUCACUUUUGUCACAGCCAUUUCUGAUAGGAUUUAUUCAUGGACUCCCAGUUUUCCUCUUACAACUCUUACUGUCAGGCCUGUCCUUUGACUUCUUACUCAUUGUUUUAGCUUAAUGUAACAGUCCUUUAGACAAAUAUCACAGUUUCUGACAUGACACAGAGCUCUUUUCCCAGCUCAGAAAAGCAAGGUAGUUCUGAAUACUGUGUCAUGCUAUUCUGUUAGCACACAUCUUUUUCUUUUGGGGUUUUGAAUUUCUCUGUUAGAGAUGUGUGGGCUCUGCGUUCUAUUCUUUUCUAAGCAUGUCUGUUUGCAUGACCAUUGUGCAUCUGCAUAUGUUUCAGCUGUGCUGUGCUGUGCUGUGCUGUGCUGUGAAAUGGGGAGUUGACUCCAUGCAACCGCUACAGUGCAGUCAUUCCAGCUCAGCAGGCAAGGAUCUUUUGUUUUGAUCCUUUCGGGGUAGACAAGAGCAGCAAAGAAUUAAACAAAAUAACCCCUUUGACCUGGAAAUGUGUGUUCGUUGUUCUGUCUCAUUGGGUUUGCCUUGCAAAUACAGCAGGGUAAGGAUAAGCUGUGUUUGGACCGGCUAUAACAAUACAAACUCAUGAAAACUUAUUCAUUGUCUUUGGCUGCAAGAAAACACCCUAGGUCCCUCAAAGACAAUUUUCUGAGCAUAAAAUCAAAACCUUAGAAAAUGGAAUUUGAGUUUUAAUUCUGAGUCCUGUUUCAAAUUCAGGGUUUUCUUCUCAGCAGUAGAAAGUUGUUCCCACGUGACAGUCUCGUAUUGUGAUAGAGCAUUUGAUUUCCCAUUUUCCUAGUCCUACUAGACCUACUAGUUACCUAGUCCUACUCUCUGAACAAUGUUUUGUCUGUUCAUUAAGAGAAGGACUUCCACGCGAUCUAUAGUAGCUGGUUCUUUGAAUGAUGUAUGUAAUGCAUGGAAUAUCCAAAAAGACUCCCGCAUUCCUUGUUGUGCUGAAGUUAUACAGUUUCAGAUUGUAAAAUGCUAUACCUCCGAAUUUAAAAAUUGAAAAGAUAUGUAGAAAAGAAAUAAA